UCACAUCUAGUUCUUUGAUCCCCACAACCUCGUUCCCCGGCCGUCGAGCUCCUCCGAUCCCUGCAAGUUUCUUCCUUCGCUUCCUCCUUUCACCGUCCGGCGAUCUCUUUGCAGGACAGAUCGAGGAAGAGAGAUCAUGCUGAUCGUGCGGCUGAGGCUGCGGCGCGGGUGGACGGCGGAGGAGGACGCGCGGCUGGAGAAGCUGGCCACGGAGAACCGGUUCCGGCACUGGCACCGGGUGGCGCGUCAGAUGCCCGGCCGCUCCCACAAGCUCUGCCGCGACAGGUGGCGCGACCACCUCGCCCGCGACCUCUACAGCCGCGCCUUCACCGCCGCCGACGACGCCGAGCUCGCCCGCCAGCACCGCCGCCACGGAGGCCGCUGGAAGGACAUCAGCCGCCAUGUCCACGCGCGAACGACGCGCGUCCUCAAGCGCCGCUGGAAGGAGCUGCUCCGCAAGAAGAACGGCGCCGAGAAGAUGGAGGCCUCUACUUCCCCGACUUUGCAGCACCCGCUCGCCGACGUUCUUGCUGCGGGUUUGAGUUCCUGCAGCCUGGGCGGCGGCCCGGCCGGGGAUCCCAGGCUCGGUAGCCUCGCGUUGGGGUUCGCGUGCAUGGCCGUCUGAUCACCGAUCAGGAGAUUACAAUUCAGCAAGAUGUUUUUUGCG